CAGCGGUGCGGACGUGCUCGCUCCUACCCGCUUUUAUCACUCCUUUCCGCGGACUCUUUACGGAUAUAUCUACGCCCGUUUGCUUCGCUUCUCCUUUUGUCGCCAUUUACGGUUCAUCGCCUUUGGACUAUUAUUCAUCUGAUGGUGUGCGCCGAUGCCAAGAGAUGGGUAAACUGCACUCGAAACAUGCCACUAUUUGCAAAGCGAGGGAGAGCCCGGAAGGCGACAGCUUUGUAGUCAAUGCCUGUUUGGCUCGGAAGGGACUGGACGACUGGCUCGUGAAGCAGGACUGUCACCUGAAGACCAAGUGCGCUUUGGGCACCCGAGACUCCAUCAAUGAAGCGUGCGCUCAGGGGAUUGGUGAAGAGCACUACCGCUUGGAGGUGGCUCUACCCCCAGAGAAGUCAGACAGCUGCUGCGUGGAGGAGAAGAUGCAGGAGAGGGACGGCCAAUCCCCCGCAGGGCCGCAGAAGCAGCUCCAGUUUGAAGAGUUGGAGUGCGCCGUGUCCAUGGAGGAGGACAACCGACAGGAGUGGACCUUCACCCUGUACGACUUUGACAACAAUGGCAAAGUCACCAGAGAGGACAUCACCAGUCUUCUCCACACCAUCUACGAGGUCGUGGAUGCCUCCGUCAACCAUUCGCCGAGCAGCAGUAAGACCUUGCGGGUCAAGUUGUCGGUGGCUCCAGACUCCAGCCAGCGGUGGAGGACUUGCACGCAAGGUGGCGCAGAUGUUUCCCACCCGAGGGAGAGAAGUGACAAGUGUACAGAAGACCCCAGGGGUGCAGACAAGAAAAGUCGAGCACUGAUCAGGCGCCACCACAGCGACCACCACACCCAGCCGGGCUGCCAGCGCAACUGCGUGGACGAGAACCUCGAGCGACGCAACCACUACUUGGACCUGGCCGGCAUCGAGAACUACACGUCGCGCUUCGGAGCCGCGACCGCCUCAGAACAGCCCAAGGCAGAACCCCAGACCAGGUCGUCCAACCAGACCCGCUCUCGCUCCCAUGAACCAGAAAACGGCCACCCCCACCCCCAUCCCCACCACCACCGCCGCUUGCAGCAGCCAGUCAUGGACGCCCCCGACAGCCACCACCCCGGCCGGACGCGGGGCCAAGACUCCGGGAAAGCCGCCCUGCGCUCUCCCAAGACCCACGCCCGCACUGCCGCCACCCACAUCGGCAGCAGGGUGAUGCGGAGCAGGGGUCUCCCUCCUCCGCCGGCGCUCCCCAGCCAGACGCCCCCUCACCAGUCAGCUGCUCCUUACCGCAAGCACAAGCAGCGCUCCAAGGAGAGCUACCGGGCGCUGGGCACCCUGGCGACGUCGGGGCCCGUGGUGGAGAAGGAGCAGGUGAGGGAUCUGCCAGGGGUGCUGCUCUACGAGGGGCGGCUGGCACAGGUGGUGCAGCGGCACGAGCACCAUCACCACCAUGAACACCACCACCACUACCACCAUUUCUAUCAGUCCUGAACGGCCGCCGCCCCUUUGGGAUCCUUCUUCAGUGAGGGGGGGCCACACAGGAAGCAGUGUCGUCAAUGAUAAAUCAGUGUUAUGAACAGUUCCAGGACCACAGGACUGAGGAUCAUGGCUGGGACCAGUGAGGGACCCCAACCCACCGACUGGUGAUCUUUGUGGCAACAAAGCAGAAGAUACAGUAGAACCUUUCCAGACCACUAAGCCAAGACGUUGAAGGACUGUGAUGUAAAGAUACAGUAUAUGAAGGGUGUGUGCGUGUGCGUGUGCGUGUGUGUGCGUGUGCGUGUGUGUGCGUGUGUCAUGACACUGGUGUCUGUCAAGAACCACUUUGUGGCUGCGUGAGUAUUUAAAGUAGAAGGCAAAGUUGAAGAAUCUGAGCGUCCCUUUAGCGCUGGAAGGAAAUCCCCAAUCUGCUGCUACCUCUGUUGUUUUAAUGACUCGGCACCAAGAGGUUACACCAUUUUUUUGAUUUUUUACAUUUUGGGUCACAAUCUGCAGUAGUGAAGCUUACUUUUACUAACUCUUGACUGUUCAUAAGUUCUAUACGUUGUUAUGGAUUUUAUAAGCUUUAUGGAUAAUGUGACAUCUUUGUAUGGACUCGCUAAAGCCCUCUUUGACUUUUAUACGACUGCGCAAAGCCUCUUUUUCUAAUAGCUUCUCUCUCUCUCUCUCCUCCACUCUGUCUGCUUCAGUCUCGAACGCCCUUCUUCUUACACUUUCAAACCAAUCAGUCACAAUCACGCUCAGAAUACUGUUGGUGUUUUUGUGACGACCAAAUGACGAAAGCCCCAACUCUCAACAGCGCCGACCCGUGGGGAAAAAAUGACCCCAAUAGCGCUCAGUGCUUUUUUAAAGUGUGACGCACAGCAGCUAACAAAAUGAAGUGGAGAAAGACUUUGACCUUUAACUUUUUUUUUUAUUCUAAAAGUUGAAGAAACAUUUUGACUAGCGGAGCUCUGACACAAAAUGACAAAAGGCAAAAUCACAAAGGUUUGGUGCCUUGUUUUUUUUUUAGAUGUUAGUGUCUCAGCCGCGUUUCCCACAUUCCCACAAAUAGAUUUGGCGCCCUCGCUCAUAGACACAUUAUAAUGGGACCUCCGUACGGUAGAUGGCAUCGUAAAGCUGCUUCGUAACACGCACACAAGAAGAAGUUGUACCAGGAAGGCUCAGUGUUGCCAUUUUAGUGACUUUGUCGCUUAUUUUUACCAAGUAUUCAGGCCCCCCAGGUUGUCUUUUAAAAAAAAAAAAAAGUUUUUUGCUCUUCUCAACAAGUUAGUUUGAUUAUUUGCUAGCUACUUACUUCGCUAAUGAACCAGUCAGUGAGUUAGCUAGCAAUUCAGUUACUUAGCCAGUUGCUUUGUUUGGUACCCAGCUACCGAGUCAGUCUGUUGGACGGUUGGUUAGUUACUAGCUAGCUCUUGGUCAGUUCAUUUGCUUGAAAACGAUCCAGUCAAUAUGUUGGUUAGCUACUUAGCUGGCUAGAGUUAGUUAGAAAGAAAUGAAGGAUUAUUUAUGACGACAAACACUCGCUUAGCACUAGCUCUUUCCAUGCUAAUGUUGUCUUCCUGUAGCUUCCAUGUAGCUCAUUCAUUGCUUUAUUUAUUGGACAGCAGAUCUGUGCCGAAAGCAGGCGGGAACGCCCAUUUAUUGUUAUUAAACUAUGAGCCUGUUUUGAAUAAUAACGAUGGUGAUGACUCUAAAGUUCUUUAUUGGCGUACGCAACACUACUGUGACUACCUUAUGCUGCUUAGCCAGGCAGUCAGUCAGAUUGCUAGUUAGUUUGUUUGAUUAUUUCUUAGCAACUUAGCUUGCUAAUGAGUCAGUGAGUUAGCGUGGUGAGUUAGCUAGCAAUUCACUCAGUUACUUUUACCAGUUGCUUUGUUUACCUAGCUACUGAGUCAGUCUGUUGGACUGUUGGUUAGUUACUUUGCUAGCUCUUCGAUUGGUCAGUUAAUUUGCUCAAAAACGAGCAAGUCCCUAUGAUUGUUGGCUACUUAGCUGGCUUGAGUCAGGCAGAUAACGAUUCAGUCAAGUCAGUUGGAUUGUUUAGUACUCAUUAGUUACUUACAUAGCUAACUGUUGGCAAGUUUGUCUAUGAGUUGGCCAGCUUAAAAAGUCAGUGAUUGGUUAAUUACUUAGCUAGCUAAUUGGUCAGUAGGCUAGUUACUUAGCCAACUUAUGAGGCAGUCACUUUGUUCGUUAGGUGGCUAAUGAAUCCGUCACUUAGUUGGAUUGUUUAUUAGUUACUUGCAUAGCUAAUUGUCAGCAAGUUAGUUUAUGAGGUGGCUAGCUGAUAAGUCGGUCAGAUUAGUUGGGAGUUACUUAGCCAGCUAAGCAGUCAGUAGUUUAGUUAUUUAGGUAGGUAAUGAGCUAGCUGCUUGUCAACGAGCAGCGGGUCCUGUUGUAGCCCCCACCCCCAAAAAUCUAAAACCACUCAGAGGCGGGUAUGUCUUGAUUAUAACCAGGGCUGUAACUAACGAUUAUUUUCGAUUAAUCUGAAGCUCGUUGUUUCGAUUAACCGAGUAAUCGGUUAGGCCCGAGACGGACCAAAUCAAAGUGAGCCAUGGUCCGCAGCAAAUGUGGACCAGUGCUUUCCAAAGUGAAUGAAGUGUCAUAAUGGGUCUGCUUUCGUGGAGGACUAAGGACAUUUAAAAAUACUCACAUUUGAGAGGCUGAAAUCCGAGGAUAUUUACAUUUUCAAAUCAGAAAACGAUUAAUCGAAUACCAAAAUAGUUGUGGAUUGAUUGGAUAAUCGAUUAAUCAUGGAUUUAUUGUUGCAGCUCUACUUUUGUCACAUAAUCACCAAAAGAAGCGACAUAAAAAUGACAUCCGCAUGCGUCACGACCAAUUAUGCAAAUCAAACGAUGUCAUCUAGUCCCCCGACCUCAUAACCACAAGUAGAUUGCAGUCGUGUUUGGAAAACCCCCCAAAAAAAUCAAUAGUGACCAUGUUUUAGGACUGUUGGGGAAAAACCAAAAACGUAGGGAAAUAUUGACGUGACGUUUCACCCCUGCUACUUUUUGCCAUUUUGUGUCAGCCGUUGCUCCAAAUCACGUUUGGAACUACUGUAUAAUUUCAAGUUGGUGGAAAAACCUUUGACUACAGAAGUGAACUUUGAGCUUGUUGCUUGGGAACUUAAUAUAUAAAAACAGUUCCCUAAUUGCCAUUUGGAUAUUUCAGUCCAACAAGACCUUGAAUCUACGACACCUUCCUGUGAGACCCCCCCACCCCCCCCCACCCUUCAGUACCAUGCGUCUCAACCAACAAGACGUUUGGGUCGUUGCUCUCCCAGCUGUCUCCAUUCCUCCGGUGGCGUCUGACCGUGGACACCGCGCCUCGUGGGUGUCUGUCUCCAAGUCGUCUCAUAACUCGUCUUGCCUGCAGCCCACCCUGUGUGUCUGACUCGGCACGCGACAGACUGGAAGAUAACUUUUCUGCUCCCGAACCACAGCACACAAACGGGUGAAAAUUGGUCCAAACAUGCGCCCCUUCUGCGUUGCCUGUGCUUUUAUGUUUCGGACAAAUACAGCAAAGGGUGGCGCUGUGAUUAAACCCCAAGGUUUGACCCCCGUAAGUUAAACGGGCCUGAAACUUCUCGACAUAAACACCCAUUGUGACUUCAGUGUCUUUAGCCCAAUCACCGCAAAAUUUGGCACACGCUUUUAUGGGAGUGACAGGCACGUGCGCGUCAAAUUUGAGCAAGAUUAGUAGAAAAAUAUGGACGCCAUCAAGCAAAAUGUCUACUGGGGUGGGACUUGGCAACUACUUGUCCUUGGGGCAUUAACCAUUUGACUGAAGAUGGCAAAGCUUUGAGGGUAUGUGUAUUACAGUACAUGUAUGCUACAUUACAUGCAUUUACAACUUAACCCAUAGGGGGCGCCACCAAUGUCAUUUACAGCCUUGUUAAAAAUGUCUUUACGUUGUUUUUUUAGUCAGGCAUGUAACGGAACUACUUGUUUAGUCCCAAGAUAUAUAGAACACAGUUUAUGGUCCAGUUAUGUAAUCCCCCUAUAGGUACUAAGGUACUAAGACUUUUACUAGCACCCAUCUUGGGUUCUGCGACACUAAUACCUGGCACCAGACGCUGUCCUCUUCUGGAUAUUUGUGUUAUUUAUUACCUCUUGACACCGCAGUCAGUGUCCCUUUUACAAGAACAUGACCACGUUCUUCUCCCUAAAGCAGCGAGGCGGCGGGCCUCCCGCAGACAGAGGGGGGCAGGUGUUUGGAAAGGGGGUCUACCACAGCUGUGCCCCAGUACUACUUUCCUGUCCCCCUUGACCACAAACAAGUCUGCGUGGUAGUAGGAAAGGUCAUAGUUCAGCCUGAUUGGUCGCAUCCAGUUACUGACGAAUACAAGCCGGGUGUCGGAAUCCGGUCUGUGCAAAGUAAAAUAGUUUCCGUUCUGUCGAGGGUUGGGGAAUCUUUUGGUCGUCAUCUGUCAUUUUUAUUUCUGAGCCAUUUUACAAUUUUUUUAAUGUCCUGUCGAUCUGGUGUACAAAGAAAUGAAGGAUUAUUUAUGACGACAAACACUCGCUUAGCACUAGCUCUUUCCAUGCUAAUGUUGUCUUCCUGUAGCUUCCAUGUAGCUCAUUCAUUGCUUUAUUUAUUGGACAGCAGAUCUGUGCCGAAAGCAGGCGGGAACGCCCAUUUAUUGUUAUUAAACUAUGAGCCUGUUUUGAAUAAUAACGAUGGUGAUGACUCUAAAGUUCUUUAUUGGCGUACGCAACACUACUGUGACUACCUUAUGCUGCUUAGCCAGGCAGUCAGUCAGAUUGCUAGUUAGUUUGUUUGAUUAUUUCUUAGCAACUUAGCUUGCUAAUGAGUCAGUGAGUUAGCGUGGUGAGUUAGCUAGCAAUUCACUCAGUUACUUUUACCAGUUGCUUUGUUUACCUAGCUACUGAGUCAGUCUGUUGGACUGUUGGUUAGUUACUUUGCUAGCUCUUCGAUUGGUCAGUUAAUUUGCUCAAAAACGAGCAAGUCCCUAUGAUUGUUGGCUACUUAGCUGGCUUGAGUCAGGCAGAUAACGAUUCAGUCAGUUGGAUUGUUUAGUAGUUAUUUGUUACUUACAUAGCUAAUUGUCCGUAAGUUCAUGAGUUGAUGAGAUUAAGUCUGAUUGGUUAAUUACUAGCUAACCGGUCAGUAGGCUAGUAACUUAGCUAGCUAGGUUAUGAGGUAGUCAGUUUGUUCAUUAGGUAACUAAUGAGUCCGUCAGUUUGUUGGAUUCUUAAUUAGUUGCUUGCACAGCUAAUUGUCAGUAAGUUACUUUAUGAGUUGGCUAGCUUAAAGAGUCAGUGGGUUGGGAAUUACUUAGCCAGCUAAUUGGUCAUUAGUCUACUAUAAUUAUUUAGCUAGCUUGUGAGUCAGCCAUUUCAUUCGUUAGGUAACUAAUGAGUCAGUCAGUUACUGUAGUUGGAUUGUUUAUUAGCUAUUAGUUACAUGCAUAGGUAUUUGUCAGUAAGUGAGUUUAUGAGUUGGCUUUCACAAAAAGUCAGUUAGAUUUGUUGGGAAUUACUAGGCCAGCUAAUCAGUCAGUAGGCUAGCUACUAAGCUACUUUAUGAGUCAGUCAGUUUGUUCGUCAGGUAGCUAAUGAGUCAGUUAGUCGGAUUGUCCACUUAAAUAGCUAAUUGUCAGUCAAGUUAGUUGGCUAUCUUACAAAGUCAGUUUUAGCCUGCUCAUCUGUCAGUAGGCUAGCUUCUUAGCUAGCUACUUGUCAACAAGUAGGUUAGUGAGGUACUUUAUAAGUUGGUUCAGUCAGUGAGUUGGCUUGUUACUUACAGUAGCUAACCACUCAGUUGUUUAGCUUCUUUGCCAGCUCGUUUGUAUUUAUCAAUAUCUGUUCUUCAUUGGUUUUCAACAUGAUGUACUGUUCAGUGUUGCCAGUCUGUGAAAACGGCGAAAAGAACAAUGAAAGGCCCGACAGUUCUAAAAGUGUUCCUCACAGGCAAAUGCUUUCAUGUGCUCACAUCUAAAAGAAUAAGGAAGAAGAAGAUGAAGAGGAUCGCUUUAAUUGUCGUCCUUCGAGGGGAAACUACUUUAAGACAUGCUACAUGCAACAAUGACAUCAAAACAUAAGGUUUAUAUAUAUAUAUACUGUAUAUAUAUGUGUGUAUAGUACAUACAUACGGAGUCCAGCAAAAACUCCCUAUUUUAAUGUGGAUGGCAAUAUUUUUGUGGACUCCAGAGUAGGUAAAAAUGUGUUUUAUUUCCUGGUUCACGUUGCUUACAAUUUUUUUUAGCGGUCAGCUAAAGCGUGAAGCUAGCAUGUUAAAACGUGAAUAUUUAGUGUGCUAAAGUGAAAAUCACAUUUUGAGGACUUCAACGUGACGAUUUAAGUGCACUUCAAUAAACAGUAAUGUUUUCUUUUCAAAGAUGAAAACAGGAAGAGUUGAGCCCCGCUAGAUGAUAACAUACAAAUCACCUACAGUAUGAUAAGCAGUAUGAUAAGCUCCAUCUAAAGCAUUAAUAACAAGUUAGUUAGCUGGAUUGUUUUUUGGUUACUCAGAUAUUUUGCUAGCUCAGUUAGUAAGUUAGUUACUUUGUUUGUCCGCUAGCUAACGACUUUGGUAUUUAACUGUACGUUAGUUAAAUAGCUACUUGGUAGAGAAGAGCCAUACUUUACGUCAUUAUCCGUAAUCGUCAUGACCGAAAAUCGUCAUUAUGAAUUCACUCUUCACGCUCUGUGAUUGGCCAGUCACACACAGCGACCGCCCCUCCCUAGACAUAUCCACUAUCAGCUGUGCACUAAACACAUUGAAAUAGCAUGCUAACUAUAUAAUACAUUGGUGGCAAUGCAGACGAGGCUAACUUAGCUCAUCAGUUAGUGACCAGCUCGGAGGCUGGAUGCUUAAGGCACACGACGCAUAGAAUAUCACGGUGCAAACAGUGUCUAGCAUUGAAUGAAUGAGAAAUAACCAGGUUACUCAUGUUUAUAGACGCACACUGCUAGUUGAACAUCAAAGACAAGGUCCCAAGCGCCACCGCUGCCAUGGUGCAUUCAUGUACCCAUCUCGCGUCGUAAUUGGGAGUGACAUUUAAUCACACGUUAACUUAAAGGAGCAAACGAGAUUGGGCACUACUAAAACAGUCUUUAUACAACUUUUUAAAGUGUUUUUUUUUAAAUAUAUUAUCUUUCCAGUUGACAUGUAAGUGUGAUUUAAACAAGAAUGGCAAAAAAAAAAAAUGCAGCUCGCAGGUAAGUGGUACUAUUUGAUCUGACUUUAGAACAGUCUGGCAAGCGACUCAUGUGGUCCUUAGGGGGCACCUGGUACCCGCGGGCACCGUGUUGGUGACCCGAUUUAGACCACACAUACACGCGAUUAUAAAGAUAUGAUGUUCGGAGUGUCCUUGAAUGCAUCUCGCGGUCUGUAGUUCCAACGACGAACGGACUAGAGACGUUGAUUAGCUCGUUAGCUAGUUUGUUUAGAGUUGGAAAUACAUAUAUGGUGUUUGAAUUGCACUGCUGUUGAUGUGUUCAGGUCAGAAUAAAGUUAUAAAGGAGCGACAGACUCUGUGGGGAUCUACACUGUGCUGCUGUCUGUCGUCAUGACAGAGAGUAGUGGCUUGCCUUGAUGCAUAUGUGUUAAAUACGUUAAAAAAAAUUAAUGUAAUUCAUGAAAUAAAUUAGUUACCUCAGUUACCGCACUAUUUUUGACAGCCCUACUAAACACUAAUAAGUCUUACAGAUCACUUCUACACACACAGCAUACAUACAGCUGAAUAAUAAACAAUUAAUAGAGCAACUUCUGGUCAAUCCAUUUUCAGAUUUAAAAUAGUGUACAGAUUAAGCCACGCCCGUUUUCGAGUUAACCACGCCCACUUUCUGUUUAUGUCCCGCCCAUUCCGAGUACAGAUACGAUACCGAUAAUAUAGAUGUGUGAAGAGAUACGGAUACAGAUAGCGGUGUACUCGCUCAUCCCUGCUGCUUGGGCAGUCAGCCAGCUAACGGGCAAAUUAAUUAUACUGUUUGGUAGUUACUUUGUAACUAACGAGUCUUACUUAGUUACUCUGUUACUCUGUUAUCGACCUAACAAGUCAGUCAGCUAGUUAGUUGGAUUGUUUGUAAGUUACACAAUCAAGUCUGUCUAAUUGUCGCUGACCGCUCAGCCAAAAGCCCGGACUGUCGUCCGAGUGUUAAGCUCCGCUCUCAAGGCCGAGCGAGUGAGGUUUUUACCAACGUACAGUUGCACAGCCGCACUGGCUGGCACCCGUUACACUAGCUAACAAUUCAGUCAGUUUUUAUUUUGUUAGCCACCUAUCAAGUCAGUCAGCUAGUUGAAUUGUUUGUUGGUUACACAGCCACUUAUAAAGUCAAUCUGUUUGUUCGGCACUUUGUUACCAAGUUAAGUAGCUCCUGAGUCAGCUAGUUUUCUAGCUAGUUGGCUAGCUAUUGAGUCAGUUAGUCACUUUGUGAAUUUGUUGGCUUGCUAACAAUUCAGCCUGUUAGUUAGCUGGGUUGUUUGUGAUUUAGCUAACUAUAUAGGCAAUAAUCAGUUAGACAGUACUUGUCUGGCUAGUCCAUCCGUCAGUUUGUCGGUUAGUUACUUUGUUAGUUAGCUAGCUAGAUAAUCAGUCAGUCUGUAGCUAGCAAGUCAGGAAAUGACAAUUUACCAGUGUGGCUUUGCAAGCCAAUUGUUGAAUCAUAAAAAUCUGUGCCAGAAGCCCACAACCCAAAUAACCCCAGAUAACAAAUUGAAACAAAGAUUGAAAGAGAAAUUUCAACUCUCACCAGGCGUUGGAAAUUGUUUUUGUUCGUAGAUCGCAGGGGAGUCACAUCUCCAUCCGCCGGCACGUUGGGCCUCUCUUCUCCGACGAUUUUGGUCAAGGUGGAGGUCGAAACGGGUUCCGUAGUGUCCCCCCAGCGUCUCCACGGGAUAGCCAAACUGUGCUGGAAAAUCCCCCUUAGCACCGCUGGAGAGAAGAAAUAAACAUCUCAACGACAAAUUUGUCUUUUAUCAUAUUUAUUCUGCAGAAGAGACGAAUCUUGGAACAGACCCUUGGGAGUCUGCUGCAAGGGCCCUCCCCAGAAGGACCGGAUAGAUGCAUAGUCAUACAAAUGUUGCCAGGACGCAUUCAGAGUUAAUCACAACCUGUUGACGUGGAAACGCUAUUGGGGAAACUUGUUUUUGGAGACUGAAGGUCUCAAGCCAUGGAUAAAUAGACAUAACAAAGCACAGUUUGAUUGGCUGACUGGCUAACGGAGAACCCUCCCAUUGUCUUCUGCGUCCUGAUUGGUUGUAGACCACUGUCAGUCCAUCUCCUUCGUGCCACACUGCCUGUUUCCUGCUGUGUGAUCGCUAGCAAACAGCUUGCAGAGACUUUGUAUGUUCACACGUUUUCUCCUCGACAAAACCCACAAUGUCGACGAAACGUUCUGCACCCAAAUCCAACCAACGCAAAAAACGUUGGACUUCUGGAUAUGCUGAAGGAAGGUAGAAGUUACGAAAUAAAUGCAUCAUCGGUUCAAGGAGGACAAGGAAAAUGGGACAACAGCAACAAUAUGUUUGAACAAGGAUACAAAAACGCUUCAGCGGAGCGGCGCUAGGACGAUGAGGCACGGUCAGAGGAGUGAAACACGCGUGACUCACUUAAUUUCUUGCGUCCAACCUCGUAGGUUCAACAUCAAAAUUCAAACAAAAUGUGAACUUUGAGAGUGUUUAAACGAGAGAAAUGUGAGAAAAUGUUCAUGCCUGUCUGAGAAAAGUGUAUAAAGUGUUUUACAGCCUUAAAACAUAUAUAACAAUUGUAAAAAAAAUAAUUAAGUUGGCGGAUUUCAGUUAUGGCGGGCUAUUUUGGGAACACUAUCCCCCGCGAUAAACAAGUGAACCCUGUACGCUAGUCAGUCAGGUGCUAGCUAUUUAGCUACUUUGUUAGGUUCCUUGUUUGUUAGUUUUCUAGCGAGUCAGUCAGUUAGUUAGCCAGUCAGUCAGUCUGUUACAUUUUUAGCAAGUUAACUGGUGUGUCGGUUUGUUACUUAGCUAGCUAGUUAGCGAGCUGUCGAAGACCUCUCAAAAUGAACCACUUACUUUAAAAAACGCUUAAAAACACAAAAGGCUGGUCGUGGGACAUUUUUUUGCUGUUCCAGAGGCACAGUCUACUUAAGACAAAUCAUUCACAGGAUCCCACUUCUGACACCAAACUGGGACGGUAAAGAAAAGUGAGCAUUAUUAUUUACUGUUGCAUUUUUGGGUGGUACAAAGUUGAUCUUUUGGAUUGGAAAUAUUUUGUUAAAAAGCAUCAAUGAUGCUGACUUAAAUAGGUGGAAAUGAGCAUCUUUAUGUGUGUGUGUGUGUGUGUGUGUGUGUGUGUGUGUGUGUGUGUGUGUGUGUGUGUGUGCUCUUUGUUUGCAGCAGAUAGGCGAGGCAGCUUUGAAGUGUUGAAUUGGCUCAGCGGGGGGUUUGAAAUUGAGCAAAAGGCAAGAUGCUAAAGUGUGAGGAUGAGGAGGACACAAGGUGAACAAGGAGAGAGAGAGAGAAUCCAAUGAAAACGUUCAUCUGUUCCACUCAAUUUAUGGCCUUUCUACACGUUUUUCAUGUGCAGGCUUUUUCUUAUCCAUCCCUCCACUUCAAAGCAGAUGUACCACUGAUAAUGCAAAUGAUCACAAUGUGCUGCUUUCUGCUUACUUCAUCAUUUGCAUCACACCAAACACACCAGUGUGUGUGUGUGUGUGUGUGUUCGUGUGUGUAUGGGGGCAGAAUUCAUGCUAAUUGGCACAAGCCGCCUUUUAUGUGUGCAGAGAGGCCAAAAAUAUAAAAGACUUUCAUUGUUGACAGGUCCGUUCAAUUAGGAAGCGAGCUGGCCAAGUGCAGCCACCAAAGUCCAAAUUUACAUGAAAUGUUGACAUUUCACCUCUUGUCUUUUCCCAUCUCCUAAUUAGACACAUUUAGUUCACCCUUUAAUCAUCAACGUCUACUUAUAAGUGUGUAACAGGAAAUAAACCUACAAUAGGAAGUAAAAAUAAAAUGUGUAAUGAUUAUUAUAGCACUAAUCAGGAAAGAAUGCAACGAUAUAGCAAUAUUAUAAAAUAUACCAGCUAUAU